AUGAAGAGAGCCGCCCUGCAGAGUAUUGCCCUUCGUUCUGAGGAGGCUGCGCUGCGCAAUCCCUUUGUGGCGAAGGCCAGCCGCGGUAUCAAUAAAGUGAUCCUGCUCGGCAAUGCCGGAGCGGAGCCGAAGAUGCGCACGUACAACGACGGUACCGCGUCCGUGACGUACUUCCCGCUGGCCACCAACCAGAUCUACACCAACAAGUCCGGCGAGCGGGUGAACAAGCCUCAGUGGCACAACAUCGUCAUCUACAACGACAACCUGUCCCAGGUCGCCCAAAAGACCGUCAAGAAGGGAUCGCUGGUGUACGUGGAGGGAGCGCUGAGCACGAGGACGUACAAGGACGCCACCGGAGCGGAGAAGACCAUAUGCGAGAUCAUCCUGCCCAAGUACAAGGGCGACCUCAACGUACUCUCCAAGAGGGAGGGCCAAGACGAAGAGGCCGGCCACGAAGUGGACCAUCACGACCUCGUGGAGGACAAGGAGAACGUCACCCUCGCCUGA